AUGGAAGCUUUACCAGAGAAGAAAAAGAAGGUUGUAGUUGAGCCAGAAACCCUUAAGAAAAAGCGAAGGAAUUUCGCAGAGUUGAAGGUGAAGCACCUGAGGAAGAAGUUUGCCCUGAAGACACUGCGAAAGGCAAGGAGGAAGCUCAUCUAUAAGAUGGUAAAGCACUAUCACAAGGAGUACAGUACAGUGCAGACUGAGAUUCGGAUGGCUAGGAUCGCAAGGAAAGCUGGGAACUUGUAUGUGCUCGCAGAAAUGAAAUUUCUUUCGUUGGCCUUUGUCAUCAGAAUCCGAGGUAUCAGUGGAGUUAGCCCAAAGAUGCGAAAUGUGUUGCAGCUGUUUAGCCUUCGGCAGAUCUUCAAUGGCACCUUUGUUAAGCUCAACAAAGCUUCAGUUAACAUGCUGAGGAUCGUGGAACUGUACAUUGCAUGGGCGAACCCCAACCUGAAGUCAGUAAAUGAGCUCAUCUACAAGCAAGGCUAUGGCAAAAUCAAUAAAAAGCACAUUGCCUUGACAGAUAAUUCUUUUAUUGCUCGAUCUCUUGGUAUUUUUGGCAUCAUCUACAUGGAGGAUCUAAUUCAUGAGAUCUAUACAGUUGGGAAAUGCUUGAAGGAAGCAAAUAACUUUCUGUGGCCCUUCCAACUCUCUUCCCCAUGA